UUCAAAUUCGGCCCCGUUUCCUUCUCUUGGCCUCACCUGCAUGUCUGUCUGAUCCGCCUGCCUCACAGGUUUCCACUCGCUUCCUUGUGUGGUCAGAUGCGUGCGUGUCAGCUCCCUUGUCUUGCAAGUGACCGUCUCAGUCUCUCUUUAUUGAUCCCACUCCGGGGCAUGUCUGUCGGGCAUUGUCACAUGGGCCGUAUGUAGGCGGCAAUUCCUGCUCCUCCCACGUCUAACCUCCAACCCCCCUCCCCUAUCCUCGGUGCCUUUGUGUGUGCGUUGUGCACCCCCCUUGAUCUCUUGCGAUCGUUCAAUCUUUGCUAGAGAAUCCAGGGAAAUUCCCUGCCAUUCUUACAGGAUGCAAUACGUCCGAAGCAUCAGUGGUUCUGUCUCCAAGACAUGGAACUCCAUCAAUCCAGCCACCUUGAGUGGGGCUAUCGAUGUGAUCGUGAUCGAACAAGAGGAUGGAACCCUCGCGUGUUCACCAUUCCAUGUUCGCUUCGGCAAAUUCUCCCUGCUCCGUCCGUACGAGAAGAAGGUGGAAUUCUCGGUAAAUGGUGUCAAACAAGGUUAUUCGAUGAAACUGGGUGAGGGCGGGGAAGCAUUCUUUGUCUUCGAGACAACAGAUGAGAUCCCCGCCGCGCUGCAGACGUCGCCAUUGGUAUCGCCAACUAGUAGCCCAAAAAUGCGCAGCGAAGAGAACCUUCCAUCGGCUUUUCAAGAACCGGAAUAUCUUGAUCUCGAUCGAUCAUCUCAUGGCAGUUUGCCCGAUGGCAAAAUGUCCGCCGAUCUUCCCCUGCUAUCGAGGGGAAUGCGGGCAACUAGUGAUUUGGGUACCAUUACACCUCUUUCACGGUCGCCGGACGACCCCACUUUGGGCAGGUCCCGUUACGGCUCGUUUGGCGAUGAACCCGGAAGAAUAGAUCGGAUGGCCACAGAUAGUGUUCUGUUGACCAAGAGCCGCUCCAACAGUGUUAGCGUCGUGGAUCAAGUAUACGGAGUGCAGCCCUCUGCGGCGAGCGUGUCGAGCGAUGAUGCCGGACCGAGCGACCGGUCGAGAAGCCCUCCGCCGAUUUCGCCGGAGGACGCGAUGUCUCGCGCUGUGUCGCUAUCGAAGAAGCUGACUGGAUCGAAUAUCCCAUCUCGCAUCACUGACGCAGGUGAUCUCGUGCUCGACAUGACUGGCUACAAGAGUAACGAGGACGAUGCCCUCCGCGCGGAAGUUCUCGCACGAAAGAUUCUCUCCGAGGAACUAGAGGGAAAUUAUGAUAUUGGGGCUCUUAUCGGGGCAGACGAGCAUGGAAACCUGUGGAUAUACAGCAGUGAGGAAGCGAAAGAGGCUGCCAAUCGCCGCGCCACGUUCAACGCGAUGAGACCGGGCUCCGCCAUGAGCGAGAAUGCCAUGUCCGAUCCGGGUUAUCACAGCGAUAGCGACAAGUCCCUGCAGGACAAACCGCUGACCGCUCGACACUAUCGCACGCAGUCCGACGUUCAACCCGGCUUUCCCACCCCUCCGCAGUCGCCCGCACAGGACUCUUUGACCAAAGAGCCUGCCCGGAACUACGCGAAGACCUUGCGUCUUACAAGCAACCAGCUCAAGGCCAUGAACCUGAAGCCGGGUGCCAAUGAUAUGUCGUUUAGCGUCAACAGAGCCACUUGCACGGCGAAUAUGUACCUAUGGAACGGAAACACGCCCAUCGUUAUCUCCGACAUCGAUGGGACGAUCACCAAGUCUGACGCCUUGGGCCAUGUGUUGAACAUGAUUGGUCGGGAUUGGACGCAUGCUGGCGUGGCCAAGCUGUACACGGAUAUCGCCAACAACGGCUAUAAUAUUAUGUACCUGACGAGUAGAUCGGUAGGCCAGGCAGACCUCACCCGAACCUACGUUUACGGGGUUCGUCAAGAGGGAUUCCGGCUACCUAAGGGGCCAGUGAUCAUGAGCCCGGACCGGACGAUGGCGGCGCUCAGACGGGAGAUCUACCUGAGAAAGCCGGAGGUAUUCAAAAUGGCCUGCCUGCGGGAUAUCCUGGGUCUUUUCAAUGGCAAGGAGAAUCCGUUCUACGCCGGGUUCGGCAACCGGCUUACGGACGCGUUAAGCUACCGGUCUGUGAACAUCCCUUCGACGCGGAUAUUCACGAUCAACUCGAAUGCAGAGGUGUCCCUGGACCUUCUCAGUUUGAACAAGUACAAGAGCAGCUAUGUUUCGAUGAGCGAGCUGCUGGAUCACUUCUUUCCGUCGGUCAGUUUGCUGGUACAGGCUGGAGGCGAAGAGUACACCGACUUCACCUACUGGAGGGAGCCCCCGCCAGAUCUGGAGGACUUUUCGUGUACGGACAGUGAAGCGGAAGAUGACGACCAGGGCGAGGAAGAUGAAGAGGAAGAGGAAGAUGAAGACUAUGAUGGGGAGCUGAGCGAUGACGAGGGGAGUGACGUUGAUGAGGAAGCCGGGGAAGAUCUCGGCGCCAGCUAUAUCUCCCAGGACUCUGUCGACGGAUCCGAACUGGCCGAUGGCAGCAGUCUCCGGCCGGAUGAGGUCGCAGAGGACAAAGACGAGAUCGAGACCGACGUGGAGCCGGAGGCGCCGCGGUUGAAGUCCAACCCUGGGUCUCCGAAGCGUUGAUGGGUGGCCAUGACAUCCACUCAGCACCGGCGACAACCGCGUGACUCCGCGCCGAUACCCCGUCAUGAGACGAGUCGCAGUGCGUAUGGAUUGAACAUUUUGCAUGGAGGGUGUUAGUGUUGAUAGAAUAGCAUCUGGCGUUGCACAGGUCGCAUAGCCAUAUUGUUGCUUGUUCGGUUGCGCAUAAUGUACGAUAGCAGUGAGAGAAUGGUCCGCAUAAUACUACAUACUGGACCUGAAUAGAAGUGGAUCCGAGCACAAUCAUAAGACCUGAG